GUCUUUAGUCUUGUCAAGGUUCCGUAAAGUGGCUUUUUUGAAUGUAAAAACUCACGCCUGUUUCAUUUAUUUCUGCCGAUUGCUUUUACUAUUCAAUGUUAUUAUAUCCAAUUCUCUUGCUGAAUCUUCAGCACAAUUUUCAUCCUGUUCUUCCUUCCAGAUUAUUUCAUAAAUUGCUCUUCACACUCCCUUACCAUACAACACACAUUCAGACAAGCUGCAGAACUACCGUCAAAAGCAUUGGAUUCUUAUGGCUAAUGAUGUUUCGUCUUUGAGGUUGGAGUUACUCAGUGCGAAGUCCAGACUGGUUAACUAUUUGCAGAAUCAUCAUAAUUUUCGGCCAGUUCAGAGAGAGUUUCUAGAGUUAGUGUCCGAAUUCGAAAUAUUAAAACUAAAGGCGCAAGAUAUAUAUGGGAUAUCAAGAGAAAAGGUUAUACCUCAAUUGAAGUCCGUUCAUUUUGAUCUAAAUGAGAGAGAUAAUCGAGUAUCCUCAGUGUCUAAUAUACACCAAAAUGCAGUAUCACAACUCCAGGAACUUUUGGAUAUGCAUGACAAUUGUUCCUAUCUCCUAGAAUUGCACCAGGCCAUAAAUAGCUUCGAGUCUUCAGUCAAUCAACUGUUAUACCAAUGUUCACGUCGUUCGGUCGUUGAUAAGAAAAAGAAAUGGGAAGACACAGUUGUAAAAUCUCCCAAAGACUCAGAGAUUGAUUUAGAACUCGAUGAUAAAUGUGUGGAAAUAGAUGAAGAAACCUAUCGUUUAUGUGUUGAUACUGUGGUAACAUCACUUGAAGAAUCUGAACAUCUACUUGCGAAACAUAAAAAGUUUAGUAAAGAUGUAGUACUUGUCUUUCAAAGUUGUCAACAAACAUUUACACGUUGCAAGAAUCGUCUUACUCAACAUGUUGAUGAUCUUUGGCGUCGGUGGAUCAUCCUAGAAGUUCCUUCAAAACAUCAGAAUGUAUCUUCAAAGUUCAAUGUUAAUAAUAUAUAUCCUUCUAUUCGUGGACAACUUCAGCCGAAUGAUUUUUUCAGUUUUUUAUUCGAUGCUUGUAUACCAUCACCUACUGAUAUGUGUAAAUCUUUAAGACAGCCGAGUUAUACAUCCAAUCCCGUUUUUUAUGAAGUUUCUGAUCAUGAUGUGCCGACUACUCAAUCAUACGGGGAAUCCACUGUUUUAGCUAGUCUCAAAAUAUUGGCUAAACCUGGAUUGAUCUCUCAGUUGUUACGUAUUAUUGAUGCUUUAAAAGAGUCUAAGAGUCGUAUACUUGAAUUGGCUAAUCAAAUUUGGACGUAUAUAUUUAAACCUUGGCUUAAAAAGGUACCAUGUGUGUCGGGACCAAAUGUCGGCUGGGGAAAAUUAAAGUGUCAAAUAAUUGAACAAUCUGUAAACAUCGAAUCAGAUCAUGAAUUAUUUAUCAAAGAAAUAGGCCUAGAAACAACCGAUACUAAUGAUGUUAAUAUGACUCAAUAUUUACGUUUAACAUUAAUUGCUCCAAAUAAUCCUCCUCCUUAUACUACUACAACAAAUCCUAAUGAAAAUAAUCAUAAUUAUGAUGACGACGAGGAUGAUGAUGAUGAUGAUUUAAUCUCUAGUUCAUGUAAUCAAUUAACUAAAGUAUUUCAGGAGUUGUAUACUUAUCUAUUUGGUUUACAAGCAAUUCAGUCAGACAAUAAACGUUUUAUUGAUAUAAUUGUAAAUAAUAAUAUUGAUAGUGAUUCAGGAAUGUUCAAUAAUGAAUUAGUUAAAGAUUUAAUUGAUGGACGUUUUAAUGUCGGUUUACCAUCAGCUGAAAAAUUACAUAAAUCAGAGAUAAUUGCAAUAUUAACACAAGUUGUCCUACGAUUAAUUAGUGUUGGUCGAAAUACUGGAUUUUUAAUAGAUGAUAUUAAUCACCUUCAUGAUCAUGAUGAUCAUGAUAAGAUUGAUUCAUUUAAAGUAUCAGCUAUUGGCGGUGCAACAAAAUUAAAUCUUUGGAUUGAUAGUCUUUCUAUAUUAAAACAUAAACGAUCAGCUAAUGCAAUAUUAGAAGAAUUACGUGAAUUAUUAGCUGAUCGUAAAUUAUUUUAUUCAAUGUGUUCAACUAAUAGUUUAGUAAAAGUAUGUGAAAAAAACGCUACAACUACAACAACUAAUUUCACUACAAAACAUAAUAAUAAUAAUACUGAUGAAGGUAUUUAUGAAGAGGAUGACUUAAUAUUGGACGAUUGUAUCGAGAAUGAUACCAUUGAAUUGGAAUAUUCAGAUAAAACUAAUAAGAAUGAUCAAAUUUUAUCGAAACUAUUAAAAUCCAAAGGUAAUUUGGAUAAUAUUUCACGGCAUUUAGAUCUAGGACAAUUUGAUUUUCCUGAUUGUAUGGUUUCUGAAACUGUAGAUCUUGUUAUGAAACAAAUUUAUAAAAUACUUCAUGAUUGUGAAUCUUAUCUUGAACCAAUUAUAAAUGAAGUUAGUCAAUCAUUGAAUGAUACUCCAAGUACAUUGAAUUCAAAAAAAUUUAAUACUAUUGCAUUUGUUGAAUUUAUCAUCAAAUUAAUUCCUCGACUUAUAAUGUUAUUCACAUCACUUGUACCGACUUUACAUGCCGAUGUCUUUCAAGGAGAUUUACGUUUUGCUGUUCUCUACUACAAUGAUUGUAUGUAUUUAGCUCAUGAAUGUUUAACAUUAGGUGAACGUGGUCUUUAUAAAUUUGUUCAACAGUUUUUAGACUUAGGCUAUGAUAUCAUGACUAAUACAUUGAACAAUACUACUGUUACAUCAAAUGAAUCAAAUACAUUCAAUAAUUUGAAUAUAUUAGAAAGAUCAGCUUCUUUAAGCACAUGUAUUUUGGUACCACAUUUACGUCAAUCUGGUGUUAAUAAUUUAUUAGAUCAUUUAAGACGUGAACGACAAUUUUUAUUACGUUAUGUUGAAAGGAUUCAAGGAUUUCAUAAUGUCAGUUCCUCGAUUGGUAAUCGUCAUUGUACUACAGCUAUUGAAGAUUGUUGUCAUCAUUUGCAUAAAAUUUCAGAAGCACUCAGUCCACUUCCUCGUACAGUUUAUUUUCGUGCUAUGGGGAUCAUGUGUAAUUGUGUUUGUACGGAAUUAGUAAAAACUAUCUUGAAAUUAAUCGAUAUUACGAAAUCAGAUUGUGAUAACAUUCUGAUCUUGUUGGAGUCUAUCAAAAACACUAUCGUGGAAUUUUUCAAACCUUCUGAAGUUGUACAUCAACCAGCUGCAAAAGAAUCAAUAAUUAAAUCACAGCAUAAUUACAAUACUGAUGAAUUAUUAACAAGACGUUGUCCAGAUUUUCAUCGUUUACAAGGUAUUAUAUCAGUAUUAUCUGCAUCAUCAUUAGCUGAAAUUCGUGAUAUAUUAUGGAAUGAUGGUAAUGGACCAUUAUCUAUUGAAUCUCAUUUAACAACAUCUGAAUUACGUUGUUUAAUAAAAGCUUUAUAUAGUAGUUCAUCAUUUCGUGAUGAAUUAUUACAAAAAUUACAUUGAUAUUUCAUCCCUCCCCCUCCCUAUCCCCCUUCGUCCUCUGACUGUAUUUUCGUUUUCAUUUAAUGUUCUGUUUCUUUGUAAUAAGAUUUUCUUAUGUUUCCUUUGUUUUUUUGGGUUUUUUUUUUGAUAAAUCAAUAAUUACUUACUUACUUACUUACGCCUGUUACUCCCAACGGAGCAUAGGCCGCCGACCAGCAUUCUCCAACCCACACUAACCAGAAAAUCAAUAAUAAUAAUAAGUGUAUGUAAAUGGGUUUGUAUUUUAAAUAAGAACUUUCGUCUAAAUUUGAUUAGAAUAGUUUCACAAUAUUUGGGCGCCGAGUUGAUAUGAGACAUUAACUAGGAAGAAUGUUGUAUUUGUAAAAUCUCAAUGAAUGAAUUUGAAGUAAAUCUAACAUUUCACCUUGGCAAUUUGGUUCAAGCUUUUUCAAGAAAAUAUAAUCAAACAUUUACUUAUCG